GUAACGAGUAACAUACACGCAUAUACUCGAUUCCUCGCAAUGACAUCGAAAUACAUGCGAGUCGACGUUACUUGAAAUUUGUGAAUCGAUCAGUACGGUGUACGCAGUUGUGCUGGUGAUUCCAGUGGUCUUGAGAACGUUACGCGUUGACCAAGUAUUCGAGUUUCUUACAAGCGAGAACAGUGCGUGUCAAGGCAAUCGAGCAUAUAAUUGCUCGUCUUGUGGGCACAAUUUAUUCUUACGACGACUAGCUCGGCAAAUGUUUUCUUGCGAUACGUUGCUAUGUAGUACCGGUGUAAAUGAAGCGGCGGCGUAUAACGCGGUCGCGUGGUAAAGGAAUACCGCCUGUGGGGGCGAUGAGAAUGGCGCGCAAAUGUUGCGUGCGUAGCUGUGAAGCUGAUGUACAAGAAUCGCGUGCUAAAGGAUUUCCACUUCAUAAAUUUCCAAAAGAUAUUGGUUUGAGAAGCAGGUGGUUGGUCAGUGGUGGAUUUGAACCGAGUUUUAAACCUUCGCCGGGUCAAAUUGUAUGCCACAGACAUUUUAAACGAGCUGAUUACGAAGCCGCCAAGGGUCAUAAGUUACUUCUACGUAAAGGCAGUGUUCCAUCGGUUUUUGCAGAUUAUGAUAAUCAUCCAGAUCCUGUAAUUAUGUCUGUGAAAUCAUCAACUUCUUAUGCACAAGAGGAUUUGGAUCUCAUUAAUUCUGAAAUUUUGAACUUAGAACAAUCUAUUUCACCAUUAUUAUCUGAAGCAAGAACUCCAAAAUCUGAUAGUUGUGGAGAAACAUGUUCUUCUCGGCCAGAAUCGUCAGUUGACUCUGUUAAUAUGACAGAUUCAACGGAUGUAAUUGAUAAUGGGUUUAAAACAUUUCCUAUAAAAAGUGAAAAUAUGCCUCCCGUAAAAGAAGAGAUCAAUGAGAAUUUAGAAAUGGAAGUAAAUACUGUGGCUGCACAAUUAGGAAUUGUAGAAUCAGAUGUGACAAUAAAGAAUAUACAAAAAGACUUAAUCAUUAAAGAAGAAUUAAAAAAUAUUAAAAUAGAAGAUGAUAAAGCAUUUGAUAAACCAGAAGAAUUAAAAACAAAAGUAUUAAAUCGGGAUGGACUCAAAUUUUUUCCUGGAGCUAAAUUGGAAGCAAAAGAUUUCAAUGAUAAAUGGUAUUCUGCUAAAGUCGUUGAAACUGAUUGGGAUGAAAGAGAAGUUUUAAUACAUUUUGACAAAUGGAGCUCAAGAUUCAAUGAAUGGAUACCUAUGGAUAGCUCUAGAUUACGUGUGUUACAAACACAGUCAAAGGAUACGAAAAUGAAAGACUUUUCAGUUGGAGAAAGGAUACUUGCUACGUGGGCGGAUGGAAGAAAAUAUCCAGCGAAAGUAAAUGCAGUAUUAGGAAACGAUAGAUAUGAUGUACUCUUUGAUGAUGGAUACGCAAAGACCGUUAAAUCGUCGAAAAUGACAAAAAUCGCUACAACAUCUACAAAGCAACCUGUUCAAAGUGAAGAAUACAUAGGAAGUAAACAAGAGAGAAGGGAUAAGAAACGAAAGCAUAUAGUUAUGGAACUAUUUCAUACGCAUUCUAGAAAACGGUCAAAAAAUGAAGCAGAUAAACCAGUAAAAAAGGAAGGGCCAGUAUUGAAUGAAAGUGGAGAUAACUUGUCUGAAAAUAAAAUUGAUUUAGAUGGUACUCUGUUUGGACCUUGUUACGAUCCUGGUACAGAUUUAUUACGAGGAUUUGACACUAACAUAUCAAAAACAAGACCAUAUGCGAAGAAAAACAAGAAAGAAAUGUUUAAAGUUGAUGCGGAACAAGAAGAAGAUGUAGGACCUGAAUGGAUAGACGGAGAACCUCAGGGAACUGAAUCUUACAUCGUAGAUGGAAAUGAUGGACCGCGGCGUUCAAUAAUAGUCGCAGAUAAACGAUUACCACCAGGUUGGCAAAAACAUUUUACUCAAAGAAAAGCAGGUACAUCUGCUGGAAAAUGGGAUGUCUUGUUUCUUCAUAAAUCAAGUGGAAAGAAAUUUAGAUCAAGAAAUGAUAUCAGAGCAUUUAUGGAAAAUCAGGGACAACUUGAUUUUGAUCCAGAGAAAUUCGAUUUUUGUAUUCAUAGAAAAAAGAAAAGUCAUGGACAGAAAGUAAAACACGAAGUUAUUACAGAUAUGCCAAAAAAGAUCAAAACUUUAUUACCUAAAACAAAGACAGUACCGGUACCAGAUACAUUACUCGUACCUGCAAGUACGCCAGUUACAACUUUAGUGCCUACAUCAGCAACAUCUAUUGCUGAUGGUGCUGUUUUUAUUGGGGGACUUCGUGUAGAAAUGGAGGAUAGUGCUUACAAAUGUCCAAAACAAGGGUGCAAUAAAACAUUUAGAAAGGAAAAUCUUUUGCAAAUGCACAUAAAACAUUAUCAUCCAGAAUAUUCCAAAUUUUUGGGUUCUACACCAAAUGUUGCAGACCUAGCUUAUGCAAGAACAAUUGGAGAAUCUAUUGAAGAUAUUAUCCCUAGAAAGACAAAUAAUUUAUUAGAAAAAUAUAAAUUGGGAAAGAAAAAAUCUGUUCAAGAUAAACCAUUAUAUGCAAUGUCACCAACAGCAACGAAUUCUAUUCAACCUACAUCGCCAACAAUAGCUGUACCUACGGUCUCAGAAGUAGAAGAUGAAAUCGACCAAAUAGAACAGUGUAACGAAGUACAGACAGAAGAUGUUAAAGUAGAAAGAAUGUCUCCUGUUUCUAGUAGUAUAGAUAUGGAUGACGAAACUGAGAAGAAACGAGAAGAAACCUGUGCAAUGUCACCAGGAACAUUAUUUGAUCUGAAAGUUAGAGAAGAGAAAACAUCAAGUGGUAUUAAAACUCUUCUUCCAGUAAGACCAACUACGUCAUCAGAAACACAAAGAAUCGAUAGAUCAAAAUCUUUAGAUGAAGGUAUUCAUAUUGACAAAAUGAAAGGACAAAGAAAACGGCAGUUAUCAGAAUAUAGCUCUGAUGUCCCAAAUAGGGGUAAAAGACGUCACGGUAUCCCAGAGAUUACAGACGAAUAUGGUGAUUUAGAUGAAAGUGCUGUAGAUACUGAAGGACCAACCACACUUGUGUAUAGAUACAGUCGCCGAAAAUCAGAUUCAAGAAGUGAUGAAAAUAGUCAAAGUAGUCAACUAAACGAUUCUCAUCUUGAAAAAGCUGACCCCUUGAAAGGGGAUAUUACUAAAAGAGAUACAAAUAAUGAUGGUGAAGAAAAUGAAGGGGUUAUGAUGAUGAUUAAUGGUGAAAUGAUAAAAGUGGAACAACUUCGCAGAGAAGAAAUAAUAAAUUGUACAUGUGGAUUUAUGGAAGAAGAUGGUUUAAUGAUACAAUGUGAUCUUUGUUUAUGCUGGCAACAUGGUCAUUGUAAUGCAAUAGAAAAGGAAAAGGAUGUGCCUGAAAAAUAUGUUUGUUAUAUUUGUCAGAAUCCAUUUCGUCAGCGACCAUCGAAAAAAUAUUUCCACGAUCAAGAUUGGAUAAAAGAGGGCAAACUUCCGACACUAAACAAUCGAACAAAAAAUCAAUAUGCAGUUAAUCAGAGAACAGCCAUGUUGAAACGUUCUUAUGAUUUAGUUGCUGCCCUCUUGCAGAUACAACAAGCAUUGCACAGUUUAAGAAUAAAAAUUAACGUAGCUCAGAGGAAAGAUCAUCCGAAAUUAUACCUAUGGGCAAAGAAUUGGGAAAAGAUAGAAAUACAGAAACCAGACAUAACACCAAUACCGAUUAUAGAAAUAACGAAAGCAGUAAAUGAUUCUGCAGACGCUGUAGUUGAUGUAUCGCGUCGAAUUGAAGUAAAAAUGGAGACAAGAUUUGCUUUGAAAGAAGAUCCUGAUGAAAAAUCAAUAGCUUCCGAUUCAGAGUUAAUGAAAAUUUUGGAAGAAGAUAAUACGAUUACAGAUGAAUCUAAAAUUACCUGUAAGAAAGAAGAUUUGACAAAUGAAAGUAAAACCCACAUUCUUCUUGAUGCACUUACAAAAAAUACUACUCUGGAAGGAAAAUAUAAAACUUCAAUAGUUUCGGAUGCAAAAAUAGUUACAGAUCUACUGUCAAAUCAAUCGGCUGAAAAUGAUAUAUCUGCAGCAACAAUACCAACAAAUGAGAUGCAGGAAGAAAAUGAACAUGAUAUAUCAACCCCAUUACAACCUUUCAUACCACAACCAGAAGCACCAAUAGAUCCAGGAGAAUGUCGAAUGCGAUUAUUGGAACAUAUUGAACAUUUUCAAAAUCAUAUAGAUGCUAAAUUAACAUCUAUUGAAGCACAAGUUUGUGCUUUAGAAACUAUGGAUCCAGAAGAUGUACCUAGUCAAGAUGUUCAGCCUCGGACUAAACAGACACUUCAAAUGCUUCUGCGAGAUUUAAACACAGUACGGAAACUAGCAGCUCUAUGUUAGAUAAUUAUUUUUUUUUUAAUUACUUCAUUGAAUUAUAUUGAAAAAACGUUAUUUUUUAUAGCGUUGGUUAGUAGCACUAUGUUACAAUAUGAUUGUUUCCAUUUU